AUGCCGGACACAUUUCCGAGUAAGUUGGAGCGUGUGCUUCAGCAAUCGCAGCAGCAGCUGUACUCGGAGCUGCUGGCUUUGCUGGAAAGACAGACGAGUCAGACGAGCGAAGACUUGCAAAGAAAUGGAUUGAAUGGGUUACGCGACGCUGCAUCUCCAAUGCCACAGCUGGGGACCCUUCCAAACUGCCGACAGCUCGAUGGACUGCAUGACAUCACUGCAGAGAAAACCAAGGCCAUCGGAAUGGCGCCGAAUGUCGCGGAUUCCUCACCCGAGCACACCGUGAGUGGAAGAAGGUCGCUCACAUACGAGCUUGCGAUAAAGGCCAGCGCGCCAUCUGAGGCGGAUGCAGACAAGCUAGCAUCAAAGAGUAUGUCGUUGACCGACGUGCUUACGAACGAAGUCGGUGCAAGUCAGGGACGCAUUGGAAAGCUGGUCAGCUCUUGGCAGUUCGAAGCGUUCUUUGCCGCCGUGAUCCUUACAAACUCAGUUUUCAUCGGAGUUGUGAUUCAAUGGGAGUCUGAGAACAAUUUUCCAGUCACACCCGACUGGAUUUAUGCAAUCAGCAUCGGCUAUGGUAUUCUGUUCACGGUGGAGCUCCUAUUCCGACUGCUUGCUGCAGGGCCUUGGGGCUUUUACUGUAAUGCAAACUGGGCAUGGAACGUGUUUGACACGCUGAUUGUCGCCAGUCUUCUUUACGAGUUCCUGGUGGACACACGGGGCCAGUCUACAAGCACGAGCAGCAACUUGCGAAUCUUGAGAGUUGUGCGGCUCACACGGCUCACGCGCAUCGUCCGGGUGUUCCGAGUGGCGCGAUUCUUGAGACCUCUUCGCACUCUUGUGCAGUCUAUUCUCGGUACCCUGAGGGCCCUAAUUUGGGCGAUGCUGCUUAUGACACUGAUCAACUAUGUUUUUGCAGCCAUUUUCACUGAUGUUGUGGGCAAUUUCAUGUCCGACACGUCCCAGCUGGAAACCAAAGCCGCUUUGAUGCCACUGUUUGGAACCCUGCAAUCUUCUUCGCUGACGCUUUUCAUGUCCAUUUCUGGUGGGCUGUCCUGGUUUGAUGCAGUCCAUCCUCUGAAAAGAAUAGGAUGGCUUUGGGUCUAUGUUUAUUGCGUCUACAUUGCGUUCUGCCUGUUUGCGUUACUCAAUGUCAUGACUGGAGUUUUCUGCAAUGCUGCUAUACGUGGGGCAGAGAGAGAUGCAGAAAUGGCAGUGCAGACGUUGAUGAUGGACAAGCAACGCCUGGAUUGUUUGCUGGGGAAGCUGUUCCAAAAGAUGGACAGCGACGGCACUGGAAAGCUUGACAUCACAAAGUUCGAAGCAUAUUUCCGAGACGACGAAGUUCGGGCAGUUUUUGAGGCCCUUGAUCUCGGUGCACAUGAUGCUUGGACGUGUCCAAUACUGGCCAUGGCUCACCAUCUUUUGGACGCCGUGCCGAGACAUCUUAGAUUCACAGCUGGCGGUGGAAGCACGAGAAACUUGCUGCUUCGAAACAUUUCAGCAGGAGAACUGCCACUGCGAAUAGAGCCGCCGGGGCCACCAUUCAUGUUGUCUGUGGGCUCUGAGCAUGUGGGCAAGAACUUCGUGCUGGAAGCUGGCGCGACUUUGGCAUUUAGAAUCGCCAUGAGCUCUGCUGCCCAGGGAGACGGUGUGGUGUGUGAUUUCUUGACUGUCCACAUUGAAUGUUCUCCACCGUUGCUAAUCGACAUCGCUGCGGCUUCCGACGGUACACCCGCCGACGAGAUCACAAGCCUAAUCAGGGACUUGGUGGAGAAACGAAGCUUGCAUCAGAGCAGCGCUGGCAACACGCCGGAAGUUGCAUUGGUCAAGCCUGCAGAUGCAGAGGAGAGGGCCGUUCCGGCGGCACUGCUCGAUUUCCUGGGAGAGGCACCGAGCGCUGCAGCGCUGCGGUGCCAUCAACCAGCGGUGCAAACGAUGUUGCGGCCAGACACGCCAGACUCGGGCCGAGGAGUCUAUCCAGAAGGUCCAGAAGAAGGCUUUCAGCAACUGGGUGCACCACAAGCAGUACCACGAGCGCAAGCUCCAAUCGAGAGCCAGGCUGCAUCGUGGGAAAUGCAAGAACGGGGAGAAGAACCACCUCUUCAAGCUGAGACUUUCGUGGCGGAGAAGCUUCCCGAAGUGGCUCCAACGGCACAUUUGACGCCAGCAGAAGCCACCAGGAUUGCCGCCAUGCGAGCAAAAGGUUUACUGCAAGAGGCCAAGCCAAAGCCUGCGAUGCCUGUUGCAGAGAGCGUCGAGCCGCCGCGCCCGGCGGGCCGCGAGGAGGAGGAUCUUUUCUACAUCCCCGGAACAGGGUGGUGUGACAUUUACGGCCGAGCUGUGGGAGCGUUUUCCCCAAGCAGCUCUGCGACUUCUUCACCACCCCGUGGCGCACGCGCAGCGCCGAAGAUGGCCAAGGCGGCCCCCAAAACCAGAGAUCAGCACCAAGCUGCCUGGGUAGCGGAAAAAAAGGCCUCACUGCCACAGCUUGCCUUGGAGUGGCAGAAAAACAGCAGCUCUCCAAGUGAGGUGCAGUGCAGCUCUACAAGCCUCGACAGGCAAAGCGAUGAGGUGCACCAAGAGCCGGAGAAGGCCGUGCUCAGCUCUGACAAAGAGGCUCAGGAGCCGAAGAUGCCGGACGCAGCUGACACUUGGGAAGCGUUGCGACCGGAGAACGCUGAGACCAGGCCUCCAUCACCGAAUUGGAGACGCUACACACACCGUACAGACUCACCGCGCGAGCUUUGGGAAAGCUCAUCCGUGCGCUCACCCAGGCGAAACACCCGCAAGCUGCCCGCGCCAAGCUGUCCGUUGGAAGAUCGUCCGCGGUCGAGGGUGUGCCAGAGCCUCCCGGCCUGGGAAGUGGAGAACAUUCGCACAAGUCUGCGGUGCGGAGCAUAUACUGGCGGUUGUGUCCCCGAUCAAGUCGCGGACCGAUUGUGGCGUAAACUCGACGUGGAAAGGAGAGGCUUGCUUAGCCCUGACCAAGUUCGCCGAGUUGUACGCCUCAAGCUCCGUGUUCCUGCAUGCGACGUGUCAGACAAAGAGUUGGCCGGAAUAUUCGACAUGUUGGCGUUUGAAGAUGCCGAUGUUGUGCGCGUCGGUGACUUGGUGGACUACAUACUGGCAGAUCCGCCGGUGCCCUCGCCGAUCACUGGAAAACCGUUGACAGCUUAUCGGAGCUUCGCAGACACUGGCUCCACCGCUGCAACUCUGGCUGCGAGCACAGGAACGUUGGCUGAGAGUCCUAGUGCUUCGAGAUCCGCCUCGCCAGCAGAAGGCAGAAAGGUGGUCUUCAAUGCAACUGUGCGAAGCACCAGCGUGCCAAUAGAGGACAAGAUACUCGUUGCUUGCCGGCGAGGUGAUCUGCCGAGGCUUCGCCGGCUGCUCGUACCUCAACGUGGAUCGGAGGGUCCGCUGACUCCUGAGCUGGGUGGUGUCUGUGCACACCUGGCAGCAGGAAAAGGCCACACUGCUUGCUGCGAGCUCCUUUUGCGAGCGGGCGUCAGCCCCGACAUCAGAGACCGCAAUGGAGCAACGUUGCUUGCACGAGCAGCCCUAUACGGCCACGCGGAGCUUACACAGCGGCUCUUGAAGCAAUGGCGCGCGAAUCCCCUUGAUGUGGACCACAUGGGGAGGAACGCUGUGCAUGUUGCUUGUUUGAACGAUGUCAGAGUGGUCCAAUUGUUGGCCGAGCACACCCCAUCUUCGGUACAUGCCAGGGAUGCGGAGGGCAGGAGUUGCUUCUUCUAUGCAUUGGGAAAUCCGUGCCAGCAAUCGCAAACUCGUAUCGCGCAAUUCUUGAUCUUUUGCAAAUGCGGGCUGGAUGCUGUUGACAAGCAGGGUGGCACAGCAUUGACCUACGCUGGGGAGGCAGGCAACCGCGAAGUGAUCAGCUUGCUCCUCUCACGCGGGGAUGUCGAGGAACUUCCUGGUUAUGAGCAAGCUGACCAUCUCAAAGGCCAGGGCAAGGACAAGUUCGCUCGCGGCGAAGUGAAUGAAGCCAUUACAUGCUGGCUGCAAGCUUUGGACUCCAUCCCGCCGCCAAGUGGGACACGCAGCCUGAUUGGAAUUCUCCAGGGCUCAAAGCACGCAGAGGCCGAGGAGAAAGAGGAUGGCCGUGUUCUCAAAAUGAGAGUCGCGUUGCUGCUAAAUCUCGCAUUGGCGCACAUGAGGCUAAAGAAGUUUCGACACGCCGUCGGAUUUUGCGACGAGGCUUUGUUCGACGAGCCAGGCAACGUGAAGGCCCUGUACCGCAAAGCUGAUGCACUCGGAGAGCUGUGCGACUGGCACGAGGCAGAAGAGGCAGCUGUAAAGCUGCAGGCAUCGGGCGAAGAAGGUACAAAGCUGGCUACGCAAAAACGAGAGGAGUGGAAGAGGCGGCGGCGUCAAGCAGACGACAAGCAAAAGAAGAUGUGGUCUGCAGCACUUGACAAAGAAAAGGCCGUGGAGCAGCUGCCGGAGGUAAAGCAAGCCACACAGAAAGCAGAGAUAGAAGAAGCCUGGUCCACACCAAAGAUUCAGAUGAUGAGCCCUUUCGACUUGCGCACCAAAAAGAUAGACUGGGAGGAGGGCGAAGACUUCGACGAUAAACUCUGGAAAGAAUCUUUGGGUCGCAGAGAGGCCACGUUCUACCAGAAGCGAGCUUUGCCCCUGUCUUUGCUGGCUGGGGUGGCUUUGGCAGACCUUGAUCUGCCAAAGCAAUCGGAGCUCGUGGUGCAUUGCAUUCUUGAUGGAAACAUGGCACCCUUUGCAGAACCUCAUGAUUGGAGCGUGGUCCUAAAGAGGUGUCCUGAAGUGCGCAAUGUCAUGGUCGUCUACAUUGACAUCGGCGCAUUCCGCCCUGACAAGGACGGGCAGCCUCCUCAGCCCUAUGGCACCCUGCUGAGGCCCACGGAAGAAGGCCGGAUUGGAGACCGUGUGGCACGAGCUGCUCGGUUCAUGGGCACCUACAAGGAGUUCAAAUCUCACUGCCAACACCUGCCAGGUCUCGUGCGCGCUCACAUCGCAAUGUGGGCAGAUGUCCCGCUCUAUGGCUUCAGUGAGGACGACUUUGCCACGCGAUUGCAGGCACUGUCGUUGUUGAGUGCUGAAGGCACUACCUCAGUAGUGACACUUGGCGGCGAAGUUCAGGAACCGGGCAGUUUGCCCAUCGCUCUUCGUGUCGAUGAGCAGGCCCGCCUCUCCAUGGGCAUCUUGGCUGUGGGUCUCGGAUUUCGCAAGUUGGCAGCAUGGCAUUGGAACAGAUUCGUGGUGCCACUAGACCGCGGGAGCCACGGAAUAGUAGCAGGGCAUGCCUUGGUCGGAGUUCUUGCGCCUAAUUCCAAAAAGACGAGCUUCGUUCCUCAGACAGUCAAGGAAGUACUCAAGCGGCGUGGCAUCACUACCAUGCCGUUUAAGCUUCCGAAGCUGGAGAACCUGAAGCAGCAGCAAGAGAAGAUGGCCGAGAUGCGAGACAGGCAGUGGCAGGCCUUCUGUCAACAUCUUCAUUCACAGGGGCGGAAGCUGGCGGGGCCGGAGGACAGCGACCAGGAGAAGAAGAUGCAGACUAUGGAGUGGUACAAGUUCAUUGGUGGCGGUGAUAUCGCAGUUCAUUAA